GCCAAUGAUGCCUGCAUGCAUAAUGCUGUCACCUUGGCACUGGUGCCACCUUGCAAUAAAACAGACACUGAGGCACCGGGCACAGUGGGCUCAGUUGGAAGAUGUAUUCUGCCACUAAAGCACAUUUGCUUCAGAGAACAGGUAUUUAGAGAGGUGUCGGAGAGUAGAGGAGUGAAGAGUAGUCUGACCAAGCUCAUUAAACCCACUAGGUGUUCUUUAACAUAAAUCUGAUGUCAGCACUUAGUGUGAUGUCUUUGUGCAAAGGCAGAGUGGAUGGAUGCCACAGUGCUUAAACUGCAUAACCCCCUCGGCUCGCUCUUAGACACACAACUGCUCAUAUAAUCGUCUCCCUGGUUGUAGGGCACACUGCAACAAGACACCACGCUAUUUCAGUUCAGGCUUUGAACUCACACUGAAGCUCAGUGUACCUCAUUAUAAUGAGUAUAUGGAAUUUUAGGUCAAGGCAGAUGAAGUGAUACACAUAAAAAGAGAAAAAAAAUAUAAUUAUCCAGAGUGUUAAGAAAUUAAAUGUGGCCUGAAGGCCUGCUGUAGCACAGAAAAAAACACACAUUUGUGCUUUUUUUUAAUUUGACUCUUUGCACCUGAAAUAUUUUAAUAUUGAGGACACAUCUCAAUUAUGCAGUAAGGACUCACACAAGACUAAAGUAGAGUUUGUAGUGUUUGCCUAUCCUUUGUACCAUGUUGCCAAACGUAUAGUGUGCUGUGACACCACAAAGCUUUAGAUAUUGUGCCUACAUCCAUCUGCUCCAUUCUGCACCAUGAUCCCAUGUGAUGCUGAGGACUGAGAAUAUGCAGCUGACAGCUGGCAAAACCUGCGCUAAACUUUUUUUUGCCCCCCCUCCCACAGAAACUGUCUUAAAUAAUAUCCAGAUUAAUACAAAGGCCUUCUGAAUGUGAUAUAAACAUCUGUGAAUUUCUUAGAACUCUAAAUACUAACAAACCUUUAAAAAGAAACCAGAUAAAUAGAGGAAAUUAUGCUUUUGGUAAAGGUAAACUUUUAUUUUUCUUAUUUAUACAAAGAAAAAAAUAAUCAUCAUCAUCAUCAUCAUUUGUCCCUGCAUAUAAAUUCGCCCUUGAGCUCGGAAUCAUAUCGUUAAUUUGUUAAAUCAACAUUAAAAUGAGUCGUGGAGAAACCACUGAUCCCCUUGACCUCAUGUGCAUUUAAUUUUCUCGCAGCUCUUCCCCUACCGGCGAUUACCCACGUGGGUCUCGUUAAUCUGACAGACGGCACAUGUUUACUGAUUUCUCUCAUGAAGGGAAUAGCCGUGCCAAGCCAGAGCCGUGCCACCAGAGGAGAACAUCAUCCCUCUCAUCCUUUCAGAGAACCCAAAGAAGGAGACAACAUUUUAAACGGAGGUUUUUAACGCGGAUAAGGAAGUAAACCCACGUUUUUGUUUCUACCCCACUUGAUCCUCUUCAAGUCAGAGGAAGUUAACUUUACCGGACAUCAGACAAUGGAAUGAUUUGUUUCCUGCGCUUUCUUUCAACCGACUGCACACAGUCACACACACAGCUUCCCCCGGCUCUGGGUGGCCAGAACCGGCUGCAACUUUGCCGAAAUGAUGCUCAACUUUUCCCACCGCUCAUUGCUCCCAGUUGUCGCAGUGGCUGUCCUUACAGCUGUUAAAGUUGCUGAAAGUCAGAAGGUUGCUGAAGACCUUGGGACAUCUUCCACCCCAUCUCCAGUUUAUCCCACCGUCAACUUUCAAGUCCUCAAUGUGGAUCACUUGUUUCUGAGGCAGGACAGUCCAGAGCCAUCAGGGAACACCCGCCUGAAGGCUCAGACUCAAACGUUUCUCAUCACUGGUCCAGGCGCUGGGCUCCUCCAACCAGCUGUCAACGCUUCAUACGGCCCCCUGACUGUAGAUGCCCCGAUACCUCCAGACCAGCUCCUCAGUGGCCCCACGAUCCUACCAGUCAUUUUGGUCCGCCAGGUUCGUUCCUCAGCCCCUAUUGUCAAAAUCCUCUUCCACAUGCCCACAGACAGUGACAUCACUGUUGGGCAAGCAAGGAUGGGGUCUGGAGAAGAUAAUGAGAGGAAAAGCGCUGGAGCCAAGGCAAAGGAUGGAGCUCACUGUGUGACGGCCUACGCCUUCUGGGAGAUGAGGGAAGUUCGUGGGGCAUGCCUGGUGUCUCCAGGUGGAUUCUGUGUGGCACAGCUGAAGCCAGAACCCGUCUGGUUCAGCUCUGCCAGUCGAUCGGGCAGCUCUAGCAGGGAAGCAGGAAGAACAGAAGGAAUUAAGGGGAUCCAGGGGAACCUUGUGGAGGUCUACUUCCAGAGUCGGAGGGAUCAGACAGGUCAAUGUACCCCACAGGAUAGCCUGCAACGUGUAGGAGUGGGAAGAGGAAGGGAUGCUGCGGGAUCAGGGACACCGAUGAGGCGGGUAGGAAGUGUGAAUCUGCUCCGAACUCCACCGGGGAACCCCACCUUUCUUCGACUGAGGCUGGGAGGCGCUGUGGUGAUUCAGACCUCUUCAAAGCCCCUGAAGACCACAGAUGUUGCAACUUUCUAUGUCUUCCUGGCUAGCACAUCUACCCUGGAAAAUUUCACUCUCAGGGCAACAGUAAAAACAGGCCUGACAUUCAGUGCAGCGCGACCCAGUGACUCGGCGCUGUGGGACAUCGUGGUGGAGCCUGGCAGAGGAGCGACUCCCAACACUGUCUCUGUUGUCUGUCAGAGGAAGGUUGCUGUCACUGCAAAGAGGGGUCUUCUGGAAGUUUUACAGCUGGACUUUGUGCCAAAAGAUGUUUUGGAGCAGACUGAGAGUCAGACGAUUUCCUGGCGCCUGGAGUUGCCGGGGAACAUCAAGGAUGUCGGCACUAUGCGGAUCUACACAACUCAGAAAGACUAUGUGGGGCUUGCACCUCUGGUCAUGAACACUGAUAUCUUGAAUACUGCAAUGCUGACAGGGAAAAUGGUGUCAGUCCCUGUGAAAACGCUGGCUGUGGAGGUCGAUGGCUCAGUCACAGAUGUGACCAACUUCACCAGCUGUAGAUCUACUGAGGAGGAUGUACUCAAGGUGUCGGAGCGAUGUGACUAUUUGUAUGUAAACGGGAAGGAGACGAGAGGAAAGAGCAGGGUUAUGCUCAACUUCACUUACGGGUUCCUGAGUGCCCAGCUGGAGAUGAGUGUAUGGAUACCCCGCCUGCCCUUGCUCAUUGAUGUGACGGACCCCGAGCUCAGCCAGAUCAAAGGCUGGAGGGUCCCUGUAACUACAGGCAACAGGAGGUCGACAUGGGACAGUGAGGAAGAGGAGGAGAUGAGGAAGGGCAGGGGUUGCAUGCUGCAGUACCAGCACUCUGCACUCAGGGUGCGUACACACUUCAUCGCCCAGGCUGAUGCUGAGGUGCUGCCUGACCCGCUAACUGGGGUAGAGCCUGUUGAGUACUUCAUGGGUCCUGAUUGGCAGGUGGAUGUGACCAAUCUUGUACGCCAUUCUCUGAAAGUGGCAGAUCCUGAUGUAGCCAGGGUGCAGGAUGGUGUGGUGCUGCAGGGACGUGCUGUGGGCACUACUACUGUACAGGUGCUGUCCCCUCUGACGUCGUUGGUCCUGGCUGAGAGGAGCAUCAGGGUGGUGGAUGAUAAAGUGAGUGUGACAGAGCUGGGGGUGCAGUUGGUUUCUGGACUCUCUCUGUCCCUGCAGCUCAGCUCAGGGAGCAACAAGGCUAUCGUCGCCACGGCAACCACACGGGAGAUGAUCACGCAGCUCAAACAGGAAGCAGUGGUCAGCUGCUGGGUUCAGUUCAGCGAUGGUGCAGUUGUUCCACUGGAGCUGUUUGACCGCAGUAUCUACUCCCUGACAGUCUCUACGCCAGAUGAGGGGGUGGCCACAGUCCGCCGCACCCCUCAGUCCACAUUUGUAGUAGCACAAGGUGAAGGUGAAGGCCGGGGGGUGCUGGUGAGAGUGGAGCUGAGGAUUUGCGAGGAAUGCCAGAAGUCCAAAAGGAAGAGCAAGUUGGCAGUGGGCACGGCGCUCCUCAGCAUCAACUUCCAAAGUAGCGCCAGGGUCUUAGCAGGAGGUGGUGGUGACGGGGUUGACACUGACAGAAAUGAUGAUGGUGGUGCAUCAGAAGUGGUAGGUGAGCUUAAAACAACAGUGACAGAUAUGGAUAAAUGGUUGUUCAGAACCACAGUACCAGACCAGAGAGAGACGAAGCUGGCAGAAACUACGACCUCAACCACAUUUUCAACAAAAUACAUGCAGCCACAGGGCUCGUGGAUUGGGGCUACAACCAAAUCUACAAGAGGUACCACAUAUACUGUCAUUUCCCCGACUGCCACUACAACUCUGAGCAAACCGAGCAUACCGGUAAAUACACCACUGAGCACGGCUAGACCUAUAGAUACAACAGUGGGUCUAGUUAGUCAAGGAGAAGGGCAGAAGAGAAGCUAUGGGAACAUGCUCGACAACCCUUAUUCCCCCUCCAACAAAGACAUUCCUAAAGCAGAAGUAACACCCAAGAAAGAGCCUCCUAAAUCCAAAACUCCAAAAGUAAUCGAGAGCGACCUCAUUAGGACAUUCAGAGCCAUGUCAGACUUGGAAAUUGGCAUGUAUGCCUUAGUGGGGGUCUCUUGUGUAGCUAUCUUGGCUUUUUUGCUCAACUGUGUUUCAUAUAACCUCUGUUUCCGGAAUCACAAGACCCCCAUACAGGCAGGCCCAGCACCCAGCGGGGACCCGAAGGAUCACAAGCAUGACUGGGUGUGGCUGGGGAGCAGCAAUCAUAACGCUCCCGCCCCAGGUGCCCCAGCUCAAGUGUCCACGCUAAAACGUGAGGCUCAUCGCCCUCUGGAGUCCCGUCACUCCAUGGACUCCAUUGGCCACCGCAGCAUGGAGAACACCCUGCCCUGUGUGAGUGGCACCGCUGUCCCUGAAAGAACUGCCACCUUGGGCCGCAGCAGGACCAGCUCCCAGCAGCAGCAGUUUCAGGGAAAGGCAAUCGACCCCAUGGCGAACCGUUCAGCCACCUUGCUGGCCAGGCCACAUCGCAGCGAGCCGCUUCAUUCCCCUACCAGUAAGCGGAACCAGGUCCAGUUCACCACCUUCACUACACUCGACAUCAAGCAUUUGGCUGCACUAAAGAAGAAUGGUGUGGACUUAAACUGGGCCAACCAGCAGGCGCAGCAACACCAUGCCCCUGCAGAGCCCCAGACACCUUUACCUGAGAUGCCGUGGCCUGUAGUCAAACCUCUGGGAGAGCCCCAGUGAGUUUGUCGGGGUGUGUGUGUGUGUGUGUGUGUGUGUGUGUGUGUGUGUGUGUGUGUGUGUGUGUGUGUGUGUGAGUAUGAGUGAGUAAGAGAGAGAGGUAAAACAAGUGUAAUCUGGUGUAGAAUGACUAAAAGAAAAGCAGCUGGCUUUAGUUUUUUUUUUUUUGAUAAAAGAUGAAUCACUUUAGGUGAUGUGUUUAUUGAGAUUAGAUAAAGGACAUUUUAUAUUAAAAAGUAUGUGCUCAGUGAAAGCCUGUAAAUAGAUUAUGUAAUGGUGUACCCAUGAAGAGCAACAUGAGAGAUACUGUGUUAAUUUUUUUGAGAUUCAAAGCGAUUAGCAUGACUUUAUCCUCUAAAUGCAAGAUUCUUGUAUUUGAAAGUGUGCUAUCCAGAUCUGAUGUUGUAAAUAUACAUAUAUCUAUACUAAUACUUAUUUCUACAUUUGAAAGCAAAUGCAUUUUCAUUUCCUUUUUCUUUUGUACAAUUCUGUUGCUCCUGUAGAAACGGCUCCACAUAUUGCUAGUUGUCAGGGUAAAUGCAGUACGGGAGGGAUUAUUUCUUGUAAGUAAUUCUAUUCUUUUCCAGCCUUUUGUACUUUUUUUUUUCUAGGAUUCCUCCAGUGAAUACCUGAAGAGUCUGUGCAAUUUGUCAGAGAAUAUGCAACAUUUAUCAAGUUAUUUUGAGCAAUCUGUCACUGUAGUCUUCACUGGAUAUUUAUUCAAAUCAAAUGCAUGCUAUGCAAAUAUAGUCUGUGCAGAGUUUGAAGUGGACAUUGUUUCUGAAUUUUUCAACUAACUUACCUUGGGCUUCAGGCGUCUCCUGUGGGCCUGGUUCUACAAUUUGUAAAAAUGUCUAAUCUUGGUCUCUUGACACAGCGAAUACAUAUUCAACUAUAUUCAAGAUUUUUCAUCUGUGAAGAAAAAUGAUGAUGCCUUUUCUAUGUAACAUCCUCUUAUUUUUAAACCAAAAUGUGACGUGUAUUUCCUAUGAGAUCCUAUCAAUAAAGAACAAAUGGAUACAUUUGUCAUAGUUUAA